AUGCCGUCAUCCCCACCCCCGGAGACCUUGGCGGGGACGCUGUCCCGGGUCCGGAGCUCGAAAUUGGAGGAGUGCCCCCCGCCCAAAGCGUGGCCGCGGCUGGAGAGCGGCCUAGGGCCCCGGGCCAAAGCCCGGGGCAGGGUCCGGUCUGGGAGGCAGAUGUCUCGCUGGGCGCCCCCGGCACCCCCCCCCCUCCGCCCCGCAUCUAUUUCCCGCCACUGGACCCGUGCCUUUGUCAGGCCUGUCCGGCUCUGGUUUGGCCGCGCGCCCUCUUAA